UCCUGCCCCUGCUCUGAACUCUCAGGUAUUCCUUGUGUCAUUCCCUGCUCUUACUCCAAAAAGAUGCACCCAGGUCCGAAGGGGCACUGCCACUGUGGGGGGCAUGGCCAUCCUCCAGGUCACUGCGGGCCACCCCCCGGCCAUGGCCCAGGGCCCUGCGGGCCACCCCCCGGCCAUGGCCCAGGGCCCUGCGGGCCUCCCCCCGGCCAUGGCCCAGGGCCCUGCGGGCCUCCCCCCGGCCAUGGCCCAGGGCCCUGCGGGCCUCCCCCCGGCCAUGGCCCAGGGCACCCACACCCUGGUCCACAUCACUGAGGAAGCAGAAGAAAACAGGACACAAGAUGGCAAGCCUGAGAGAACUGCCCAGCUGACCUGGAAUGAGGCCUGAACCACAAUCUUCUUUUCCUAAUAAACAGCCUCCUAGAGGUCAUGUUCUAUUAUU